UGGCAUUGGGCCGUAUACGUAAUGGGCCGAUCGUUGCAUUCCCCCGUAAAAUCUUACAAACAACUCGACCAGGCGAUUCUUCCAGAAAACGUGAGAAAGGCGAAGCCGAAGCCGAAGUGGGCAGUGAGAAAAAUCAGAGAGCAAGUCUUUUGGGGGCAGGAAGAAAGGAGGGAGAUCGAAAUGGCGUCCUUUAUGCAGUUCCUCGUUGAUCCAAAGAAGAAUUGGUUCGCUCGUCAACACAUGAAAGCGCUCACCAAACGACUCCGUAAUUAUGGUCUUCGAUAUGACGAUCUGUAUGAUCCGUACUAUGACGUUGAUGUGAAGGAGGCUUUGAAUCGACUCCCGAGGGAGGUUGUUGAUGCACGCAAUCAGCGUUUGAAGCGAGCCAUGGACCUUUCUAUGAAGCAUCAGUAUCUUCCUGAUGAUCUUCAGACAAUGCAAACACCAUUCAGGAGCUAUCUUCAGGAAAUGCUGGCACUUGUAAAGAAGGAGAGAGCAGAACGUGAAUCAUUGGGAGCAUUGCCCCUUUACCAGCGCACCAUUCCUUAAGCUAUUUCUAAUUUUCAUAGUUAUUUUUGGAUGGAGUAAAUGUCGUUUAAGACACAGUUUCUUCCAUGUGUGAUGGAUUGGAACAUCUCUCCAUCAUUUAUUUGUUUUCAACUUUUGUAUUUCAUUAUCAAAGUUUCAUUCACCAUCUGUUCGAGUCAUUAUUGAUAUAUAAUAAGUGUGAAACUUAUUUUAUCA